UUUUCUGUAAUUUUGAUUUGUUUUUUAAAGCUUUUUUAAAAACUGAAAUUAUAAAUGAAACAGCUUAUUUUAUAGAAGAGAUUUAGAAUGUGAAGUGUCAUGUUAGCUCUUCUGUACUUAAGGAGGAUUCAGGACUUAAUUUUAUUUCAGUUGAACAUAUUCACGGUUUCUAACAGAGGGACACAAGUUGUUGAUAAAGUGAAUUGUGAAAAUCUUGGCCUAAGCCAGUUGUCUGAAGUUGCUCGGUAAUUCUGUGGUAGAGCAGUAACAAAUAGUUUUUCUCUUUCCUAGUUUACUCCUCUGUGAAUAAAUCUUUUUCUUUUAUUAGUUUGUAUGAGAGGACAGUAAUAUUCUAGAUUGCUUCAAUCAUCAAAGGACUAAAGCUGCAUAAUUCUUUCCAUAUUAGCUCUGUGAUCAGAAUAUUUUACUGGGGGGAUGGAAAGGACUUCUAGGAGCUAUUUAAUUUAUGUGACAUACAUUAUUUAUAAUUCUUCACGUUUUAGCUUUUAAUUCCACUUAUGCUUUCAACAGCAAUUACAAUAUGCUUCAGAGGCGAAGAGCAAGACUGUUUGGUUCAUGAAUUUAAGAAAUGUAGGAACUCUGAAUGACACAAGGCUUGUAUGUCAUUUGUAGCCCUUUAGAUGAGACCACUUACGAAAAACUGGCUGAAGAAACAUUGGACGCUUUAGCAGAUUUCUUUGAGGACCUGACAGAUAAGCCUUUUACCCCAGAAGAUUAUGAUGUCUCUUUAGGGAGUGGAGUUCUAACAGUUAAAUUAGGUGGAGACAUGGGGACAUAUGUAAUCAAUAAGCAAACACCAAACCGGCAGAUUUGGCUGUCAUCACCCACUAGUGGGCCCAAGCGCUAUGACUGGACUGGACGGAAUUGGGUGUAUUCUCAUGACCAAGUAUCCCUUCAUGAACUGCUAUCAAAAGAAUUUUCAACAGCAUUAAAAACUAAAUUGGAUUUCUCCUGCUUAAUAUAUUCUGGGAAAGAAGAUACUUGAUGAUAUUCUACCUCAUGGAAGUUUAAAGACUUUAACCACAAGCCAAGCCCCUUCCUUGGUUUCUGAAGUACCUGAGCUAAAUUCUGUUCUUGUUUUUCCUGAUAUCACUAUGUUGUGCAACAAAAAUGAACACAUUUUUCUCCAGUGCUCAGUCUUCGGGCUUCUGUGCCACUGCUUGUAUCUGUGUUCAUGUAGUACCAGUGUUUGAAGUUGCCCUUCCUGUUACUGCAUUCCUUACUUUCUUACUGCAGAAGUAAGUAAUGAAUUCUAAACUGUCUGUUAUCUUGUUCGGAUGUAAGGACAGAAGCUGAGCUCUUUGGUGAGACAUUCAGCCAAAAAGUGCCUGUGAAUCCCAUUGACCCAAGUUGUGGUAUUGUGAAUGCAUUGCAUUAAGAUUUGUGGCUACUGCCAGUGAGUAACGCAUCACAGUCAAAUUAAACAUCUAAAAAAAAUGACUGUGGCAGGUAGAAACAUCAUACUGCAUAAUGCAUGUAGUAAGUUUUCCUCUCAGUAUUGCAGAACUCGCUUUUUUCUCCAAGUUCUAAAUUCUAGUUUCUUUCACAUUAGAAUUUUUUUUGAGCUAAACUUUAAAUUGCUUAGAGGUCUGUGUGGCUGUAAGCAUCAUAAAAAACUGAAAAGGCUGGUAUGUGAUGUUUAAGCUGUGCAGCAGCACCUCUUCAAAUGCUUCAUUCUGUUACUGUGGACUUCUCUUUCUGUUCCCUUUUGUUCUUCAAAGAGUAAAAAUACGUAAUUUAUUGACUUUUUGAGUUGAGCAAAGUUAAGAUCCUCUCAUGGUAGCAAAAUUUGCACUAAUUUUGUUCUGCAUUUCUUAAGUAAGAGAGCUUAGGUUAUCUUUUUUCAACAUAAUAAUAGGCUCCCAUUGUUACCAUGCUGAUACAGGAACUUUUGCCUUUUUGCUUUUUACAGCUGAGUAUGGUUUUAACACUGGUGAAGCUGUCUCACUGGGGCUGUUUAAAAAAUGAGAAUGAAAUAUAUUUUAUACUCUGGAUCUUAAACCAAAAAGCUUUUAAAAAAAUCACGAUCUGCAAGAAGAAGUCUUCGACACUUGCACUAUUGUAUUAUUACCACUGGUGGUUUUUAAUUGCCUGUAAAAUGGAAGCACAAAGUUGUUGACUAAUUCUUGAGCAAACAGUUAUACUGUACUCUUAUGGAUUGUUUUAUCAAUGUAUGAAAAGAUGUUCAGUGCGAACUGGUUUUGUUUCCUCUGCUUGUGGUUAGUUUGGCACACUUCUCUGGAUAGCAAGAAUUAUUACAGAUGUGAUUAAUUUUGUCAUUGAAAAAUAAUUGCUAUAUAGUACUGUUGCACAGUAUUUGCAUUUGAAGUAUAACUAACAUUUCACUGGAAGCAGCUCUUGGUUAAUUGUGCAUACUGUGUGUUUUUUCAAUCAAAAU